AUGAAAGCAAUGAACACAACUGGAUAUGCAGUGAUGGACGCUGAGCAGCUAGAAUUAGUAUACGGUGCCGGCUCGCCUUACGCCAAUGCAAGCACUUAUCAGAGGCUCAAGAAUGUUCCGGCGGCAGAGAUACCUAAUGCCAUUGAACAAACCAUCAGGACUUUGGCUGAUGAGUCGCACUGA